AUGACAUUGAACUUCUUAUUUAUCGCAUUCAAUACAUUAAUUUUGUUAGUAUUGGUUCAUUUUUGCGCUCCUUACACUGCCAAGCCCACCAAAUAUCCCUCCAAAAAUGAUAGAAUCUUAGAUUUCGAAACUAAUUUUAACGAAUCGCAUCUCUCUGAGGCAGAAAUAGGCGCGCCAUUCGCCCAUGGCAGAGCUAAAAGGUCAACACUCGCUGCCAGCUGGAGGGCCGGCCAAGAUUCCUCGUCUAACAGGGUUAUCAGGGCUGGAAAGGAUCCUAAAAACGGAGGAGGAAAGGAAAAUAAUUCCAAUAGUAAUGGGGGAGAAGAUAAUCGCAAACCGCACUCUUACAUUCAAAACAUACUCAUGCCAAUAAAACACAAUUGGUGCAACCCAACCGUAAUUCCAAUCACAGCACAAACCACAUGGCGUGCAUAUCUUUUUGCGUUCGGGGUAUUCGUCUUUCUUCUAGUUUGGCACCUUAUUCAAUGCAAAUUCAUGGCCAAUUACGGUUGGAGCUCAUUCAACCUCCACAAAGUGUGGAAUCUGGCUGCCAGUACAAGGUCUGAGAUUGAUACUGACCCCGAAUUUAACACGAGCCAAGUGCUUAAUGACCUACGUAUAGUAGGGUAUUCUGAGUCCAAAGUCGGUACCGCGGCCUUCAGAGUGUUAGCGCUAAUAGUUAUCCUUUCCCACCUGAUUGUUUACUACCUGAUCGCCAACGAAUUAUGCCUAAACGUAGAGGCCAGUGUAGACAUGUGGGACGCUAGGGCCAGGGGUUAUAUUUUAAACUGCGCGUUAUCUAUCCUGGCGGUAGCCCUCUACUACAUACUCUCCGGCAAUGACGGAAUCUUGUUCUUGCAGGUUGCCCCCCUCUCUACCUGCAGUUAUAUACUGGUGGGAAAGGUAUCUGAGUGCCAGAAAAGGAGUGCCCGCACGAACUUUGGGUACAGGCACUUCAAUGAGAGUUCUAGGGCGGCGAUUUUUGGCUUUGAACGCAGCAUCUCAAGUUUGUUGAUGUUGCUGCUGAAGCUUUUCCUAUGCAGAUCCUUCUGGAAUUGCAAUUACAAAAUAAUUAAGAUUAACACCGAGAGCUAUGAGGGCAAAGGCAGUACCAUCCGUCGUUUCAAGCAUGAGUGUAUGCACUAUUUCUACAGUCCAUCGCUCGAUUUGUUCGUAGACUCGUCGGAACCCAUGAAAAACUAUCUAGACUAUACCAAUCUAUCUGACCUAAUGAAAAGCGGGGGGCUUACGGACGCCGAGGCAUCAGAGCGCAUCAACAACAUAGGCCUCAACGAAAUAGACGUGGAAAUGCCUAAUUUUGGAGACCUUUUACGGAGGGAAGUUACUGAUUAUAUUUUCUUGGUUCAGUUGUUUGUCACCUAUAAGAGCCUAUACUGGCGCAACCUGAUAACCGCACCUAUAUGGGUUACAAUGGUGUCCCUAAGCAUCGUGAACAAGGUGCUUCUAAUUCGUAAGCGGCAGUUGGAAGUGCAGUCUCUCUCUGGAAAAAGUUCUAAUUCACAGGUGGAUGUACUGCGCAACAACAUGGCCAAAAGAAUAUCUGCAAAGUAUCUAACAGUGGGCGACGUCGUGCGCGUGAAGCACAAUUGGCUGGUGCCUUGUGACAUGAUUUUAUUGCGUGGAAACGUAUCUAUGGACGAGUCUGCCCUCACUGGUGAGUCUGUUCCGGUACAGAAGACGCAGCUCCCAUCUAUAACGCUUCACCCUGCCAUAAGGCACGGCGAUCGUUCUAGGGGGCCUACUGGGAGAAUCUAUCCCCAUGAACAUGUCCUUAAGGCGGGAACAAGAGUAGUGGCCAUCAUAGGAUCUGACGAAUCUAGUUUUGAGACAGUGGCAGUAGUAAUUGCUACGGGCGCCUACACCCUAAAGGGCAAGCAGAUCAAGGGUAUGCUGUUUCCUAGUCAAAUACAGCUAAAGUACGACGCACAGCUUCCUUUGGUCAUCUUUUUGACUAGUAUAUAUGCUUUGGUGUGCGCAUUGUAUCAGGGCUCGGUCCUGGGAUGGAACAUGACAUCAGUUUUUUAUGGGAUAGGAACUUUCGCCCAGGUUAUCCCUCUAUGGACCCCUACGAUAGUAUCGAUUGGACAGAGCAAGGCCUGCGAGCGUCUGCUUAACGAAUAUCGGAUUAGGUGUACCGCUCCGGCCAGGGUGGCCAUUUGCGGUAAGGUCAGAAUUAUGUGUUUCGACAAGACUGGUACAAUAACCGAGCCCGGACUUAACUUUUCGGGGCUUUACUGUGAAAAGGGGGUGUCCCCUCAUAUAGACGGGUCCUGCCACAUUGACUUGGAGGGUCUUUCUAGGCUUGUCAGUACCGAUAUAUAUUCUUCUGGGUUGGAUAGUCUUAAUUUGAUGGUACUUGGUAUGUCUUCGUGUCACUCUCUGGCCCCUACCCAAAACGGGGUAACUGGGCUCCACGCUGAGAAGAGCAUGUUCAUGGCCACGGGCCACCGUCUGGAAGUUGGCGUGGACAGGGACGGUGACUUCCAUAGAACUGUUUACUUAUCUCAAGGCCAUAAAAUCGAGGUGGUUAAGGUGUUUGACUUUAGCCACCACUUGAAGACAUCCAGCGUGAUCGUUUCUAUUCCAGACUUCGUCCAGUGCGACGCCGGAGACUACCUGGUUUUCUGCAAAGGUAGCUUUGAGGCAGUCAGCGCUGCCUGCACCGCAGGGCCACCCAGCGAUGAAGCGAAGCUAGCUGCACAAAGUUUUUGCGCACAAGGGCUCUACACCAUCGCUCUGGCCUACAAAAUCAUAUCCGAGCACGUGGACCCCGAGUUUCCAGUGGGUAACGCAAAGAGCAGGGACUCACUGGGCCCAGAGCUGCCGCGAAAGUUAGUGAAAAUGAGCAGGCGAGACCAUGUAGAAUGCGACCUGCAUUUUUUGGGGCUACUCCUUUUCAGAAACCAGUUGCGUCCUGAUGCACGUUACGUCUUUAGCACAUUGCGUCAAGUCAAAGUCCGGCCCAUAAUACUGACAGGAGAUGACGCACUCACUGCCAUAAAUGUGGCAGAGGAGGUGGGGAUAAUUCAGGGCGCGUCUUCUGUUGCAACAGUUUCAAGCGAUACGACGAUUUCAGGCGGGAUAAAGCAAGAAUUGGUGAUUGGGCGACUGGAGCACCAGAACGGUGUGGUAUGGCGUUUUGUCGAAUCGAAUAUGUUGAUCGACGAUUAUGAAAUAUAUUCAAGUGACUUUUUUAGUGACUUGAUAAUCACAGGGGAUGCCUUUGAUUAUUUGUCAUCUAACUGGGGGCAGAUCAUUGCGAACGCUGUAACAGGGCACUCUAGGAGUAUUGGCCCUGCUGACGUAUUUGAUUGGGGCAGCCUAUGGCGCCAAAGCAAGGCAGAGUCGCCUGACCAAGCAUAUUUUGAAAAGUUGCUUCUCAGAAUUCGUUUAUUUGCCCAGCUUCAACCAGAUCAAAAGGCGCGUAUAGUUAAAGCAUUCAAUGGCUUGGGAAUAAUAACUGGAAUGUGUGGGGAUGGUAACAAUGACUGUGGAGCCCUCCAAGAAUCGCAUGCGGGAAUAUCGCUUUCGGAGGGAGAAGCCUCAAUCGUAUCCCCAUUCACGUCAACUACACAUCAGUUGUCCUCUGUUAUUGACCUAAUACGGGAAGGACGGGCCAGUCUGGUAACUUCGUUAGCCUGCUAUAAAUUCAUGCUCCUUUACGGUUUCUUGAUCGCAUUAGUAAAAAUACUCCUCUUUAGGAGCUGCAAAGCUGUAAUGCCUGAAUGGGGGUACUUGGUACUGGAUAAUCUUAUCGUUAUCACCCUAUCGCGAGCCAUGGCUAACUCUCGCUCUUCCGAACAGUUGAGGAUCAGAUCCCCCACUAGCAGCCUCUUAGGACCCCAAACUAUUAUAUCUGCCGGGGUUAUGCUACUCGUAAAUGUUGCCUAUAUGGCGGCACUCUUCUACGUACUGGGAAACUAUCUACCAUCCUCGCGCGAAUUUAACAAGGCCAUACCCCCUGCCGCUUGGUGGAAACUAAGCGAUAACUACGAGGCGCCGGCCGUAUGCAUUUGGCUUUGUUACCAAGUAACAAACGCCGCCAUGGUCUUCAGUUUCGGCGGUAUCUUCAGAGAAGCCGUAUUUUAUAACUAUCAUCUCACAUUCUGGUGGUUCUCUAUCAAUUCAUUUCUGACUGCCCUAAUCCUAGGAAGACCAAGCCUCUUGGGCUGUGUGUUUAGGAUUAACUGCACAGACGCGAUCUCCAGGCGCACAGUCAUUCCUCUUGUCAGGCACCUCUCUCCCUCGUGCAAUGGUAUGCCGUUUCACGGCCAGCUUGGUCACAACGUGCUUACACUGCCCUUUAAGAAGCUAUUCCUAAUACUCAACAUACUCAACGUACUAACCAACGUCUUGGUGGCGAAAUUUUUCAUUUUAGGUGCCCUAUCGGCUAGGAUCAGAAAGUACGUUCACCACAGGUGCAGCGCGGACAGGAUCACCGUAUAG